AAGAAGGCUGUCAGACGUCCUUUGACAUGCGCAUGUCCGGAAGUCGGUCCGCCGAAGCAGUGGUCCUCCAGGAAAAAGGAAGGGGUCGAGGAGUAAUGCUGCAGCGGUGGAAACGGAUCUCGUAAAUGCAACCCAAUAUUCGAUCCUGACACUGCCAAUGCGAGGGGAGUAGCAUCAUCACAGCGCCAUGGGACUCCUGUCAGACCCCAACAGAAGGCGUGCUCUGAUCGGCAUGCUCACCCGCCUCAAUGCCCCGAUCUGUAUGAUCUGCUACAUGGCGGGCGUGGCCUGGUUCAUGGGCCUCGCCUUCGAGCCGUUCACCCUGCGGACGUACAUGUCGGAGAACGCCAUGGGCUCCACCAUGGUGGAGGAGCGCUUCCCGGCGGGGGAGCGGGCGCUCGCCACCGGCCGGGAGUUUGCCGCGCAUAAAAAGAAAACGGGAGGCAUGCCGGUGGACUGGCUGGUCAGGACCAUGCAGGCUCGAGGGCUGGAGGUCUACACGCAGCGCUUCUCCCGCAAGCUGCCCUUCCCCGAUGAAGACAAGGAGAGAUACAUGGUGAAGGGAACCAACGUGUACGGGAUCCUGCGGGCCCCCCGGGCCCCCCGCACUGAGGCCCUGGUGCUGAGCGCGCCCUGCAGCCCGGGGAACGAGAACAACCAGGCGGUGGGCCUCCUGCUCGGCUUGGCUCAGUACUUCAGGAGUCAGAUCUAUUGGGCCAAGGAUAUCAUCUUCCUGGUCAACGAGCAUGACCUGAUAGGCAUGCAGGCCUGGCUGGAAGGCUACCACCACACCAACACCACAGGCAUGGACUGGUCCCCGCUGCAGGGCCGCGGGGGCUCCAUCCAGGCCGCCCUCUCCCUGGAGCUCAGCAGCGACGUGGUCACCAGCCUGGACCUGGUCCUGGAGGGGCUCAACGGCCAGCUGCCCAACCUGGACCUGGCCAACCUCUUCUACGCCUUCUGCCAGAAGAUAGGGGUGCUGUGCACCACCCAGGGCAAGCUCCCCAGGAACGACUGGGACACGACGUCGGGCUACAGCCACGCGGUGCAGACCAUGAUGCUCAUGGUGCUGAAGCAGGCCAGCAGCCGGCCCUGGGGCGACCACGGCCUCUUCCUGCGUUACCACAUCGAGGCGGCCUCCAUCAAGGGCGUCAACAGCUUCCGCCAGUACAAGACGGACGCCACCACCGUGGGCAGGCUCUUGGAAGGAAUGUACCGGAAGCUGAACAACCUCCUGGAGCGCCUCCACCAGUCGUACUUCUUCUACCUCAUGCCCUCGCUCACCCGCUUCGUCUCCAUCGGUUACUACAUGCCGGCCUUCGGCCUGCUGGCGCUCAUCCUGUUGCUUCGUGCCUUAGACCUGUGGGUUCAACUGUCCUCCCCGCCCACCAGAACUACAGAAGACGGCGUCGAGGUGGUGCCCGCCAGCCCGGGGGUCCUCUCCAUCCUCACCCCCCUGGUGAUCAGCCACCUGACGGGCGUGGCCCUCUACACGCUGCCCGUCCUCUCCCAGGAGCUCGCCGUCGAGCACUUCCCCGUGUCCGAGACGGAGGCCGUGGUCCUGACCGCCAUCGCCAUCUACACGGCGGGCCUGGCCCUGCCCCACAACACACACCGCCUGCUGGCGGGCGAGGGCACGGAGCAGGGCUGGAAGGUGCUGAAGCUGGUGGCCGUGCUGUACCUGGCCGUGCUGCUGGGCUGUACCGCCCUCAUCAACUUCUCCCUGGGCUUCAUCCUGGCGCUCACCCUGGUGCCGCUGGCCGCCUUCAUCACGCCCCACGUGCCCAAGACGCUGUCUGCCGUCGUCAUGGUGAUCCUCAGCCCGGGCCUCACGCUGCUCUUCGCCGUCUUCUUCUUCCAGGAGCUGCAGGAGACGCCGGUCACGCUGCAGGAGGGCUGGAUGCUCUACCUGUCCGUCAUCUCCCAGGGCAUCCUGGACCACGCCCUCUAUGGCUCCCUGCUCUACCCCCUGGCCGCACUGCUGGUCUACCCCUGCUGGCUGCUCUUCUGGAACAUCCUGUUCUGGAAGUAAGGCGCCGAGGCUCCAGGAAGGGGCCUCCGUUCACGGGGCGACCUCUGCUACUAGGGGUGGUGGGGGGGGCCGACCGCUGUGCUACGAGGGGUGGUGGGGGCCGACCUCUGUGCUACUAGGGGUGGUGGGGGGGCCUAAAGGGAGGGAGGGAACCCUCUUGGAGGUGUCUCUGCGCCCCCCCCCCCCGCCAAUGGGAGCAUGGAACCACACGUCCACCAGAGGGUUUGGCGAAGACAAAAGUCGGCACACAUUCAGAUUGUAGGCCACUUUAAAGCGGAACAUCCAGGGAGCUUCAAGCUGAGGAUUCGGUGAUUGUUUUUAUAGCUUGAGGUUCUGUUCACGCUCAACCUUUUUGAAGGCUUUUUAGUAGAAGGUUUUGUUUUGUUUUUAAAACUCAAAACAAGGGUGAACACUUGGAUAUGGUUGCAUAUAAGGGAAAGGUUUGGGAUUGUGUAUGGCUUGUUUCUGUGGACUCUUCAUGUAGUAAUGCACUGACUUUUAUUUAUAUUAAAAAAUAUAUUAAAAAGGGGAACUUAGAAUGCAUGGAAUUGUUGAAUGAACAUUUGGCGGCGGUUUGAUAUUGGGGUACGGACAAAUGGUCAAGCCAAACAUGGAAUGUGGUUAAUUGUUGGCCUUUUGAGAGGUCUGUUCAAAUGACACCACAAAUUUUUAUAUUGUUUUUUAUAACCUUCUGUUCUUAUUUAUAAAUGCCUAAAUAAACUGAAUUGAAAUCGA